UAUUUCUGGUUAUUUAUUUCUGGUUAUUUCUGGUUGUAUCUGGUUGUUUCUGAUUAUUUAUUUCCGGGUAUUCAUUUCUGGUUGUAUCUGGUUGAUUCUGGUUAUUUCUGGUUAUUUAUUUCUGGUUAUAUCUUGUUAUUUUUGGUUAUUUCUGGCCCUUCCUCGCUCUCCCUCCAGGGGUGUCACAUCAGCAAGAACCCGACCCCCCAAUGGCCCUCGGGGUGGCUCCAGCUGGAGCACCCCCAGAGCUGCCCCAGCCCUCCCUGAGCCCCCCAGAGCCCCGAGCUGUCCCUCACCCCGCGGUGACAGCCGCUGGUGACAUGGGAGUGGCCACUGGGACAUGCUGCAGGGACAGUGCUGGGGGCCAGGCUGGUGACAGAGCCACUGCCCGAGCUGGCAGGGGCCACCCAGUGCCACCUGAAGGGCCACGGCAGUGUCCCCAGGCUGGUGACAGAGCCACUGCCCGAGCUGGCAGGGGCCACCCAGUGCCACCUGAAGGGCCACAGCAGCGUCCCCAGGCUCAGGUGUGCCUGAGGAACCCGAGCUGCCCGCGGGCAUUUUCCAGAUUUAACCUUACCCUGGCAGGGGAGGUGGCACCGGGUGCCAGGCACGGCCACCCCCGAGGGUGCCACACACCUCCUGCCAGCCCUGUGAGGACUGGGAGCCAGGAGCACCCCCAAAGCCACUGCAGCAGCCCCCCCUGUGCUGCAUUUCCCGGUCGAUUUACGAGUGGAAAAAUCAAUCAGCAGCUCCGGGAGGGAGGGAGGGAGGGGGGACCCUGGGGACAGCGGGGGGGACAGGGCAGGGCCCACCCCCCAGCUGGGCUGGGAACUGAGGGGCAGCGAGAGGGAAAAGGAGAAGAAAGAAGUGAAAACAGCUCUGGGGCUCGCCACGGGCCGGCCCAGCCUUCCCUUCCUCCCUUCCUUCCUUCCUUCCUCGUUUUUCAUUUUCAAACCCGGGGGUGGCAGGGAGGGACCCGGGGGUGGCAGGGAGGGACCCGGGGGUGGCAGGGAGGGAGCACCAGCGACCCCAGCCCGGGGAGCCCCGAGCCCAGGGCUUGCUCUGACGUCACCAAGCUGUCACCUCAUCACACAGCCACAAAUCCACGCCGUGUGUGCCCCAGCCUGGGGACUCUGCUGUCACCCUGCUGUGACAGGGGACAAUGAGGCUGGGGUUACUGGGUGCAGAACAGAGGGGCUUGGGGACCCUGCAGGUCACUGAGGGGCUUGGGGACCCUGCCAGUGCCAGGGCCAGCAGGUCACUGAGGGGAUUGGGGACCCUGCCAGUGCCAGGGCCAGCAGGUCACAGAGUGGACUGGGGACCCUGCAGGUGGCAGUGCCAGCAGGUCACAGAGGGGUUUGGGGACCCUGCAGGUCACUGAGGGGAUUGGGGACCCUGCAGGUGGCAGUGCCAGCAGGUCACAGAGUGGACUGGGGACUCUGCAGGUCACCGAGGGGUUUGGGGACUCUGCAGGUGGCAGUGCCAGCAGGUCACUGAGGGGCCUGGGGACCCCGCAGGUGGCAGUGCCAGCAGGUCACAGCUCCCCCCGCCCGGGCCAGCCCCGUGUUCCUCAUUUCCAGCAGCCACGUGGGGUGCAGGGGGGAAGUUGCAAAAACCCCUCCUCCAGAGCCGUCUGUUUUCUGUCACUGCAGCACAGCAGCGAGCAGCAGGGCUGAGAAAAAGCGUGGAAAAACUGAUGCCACCGGGCACAGGGGAUUCCUGGGACCCCUGGGAACAAUCCCAGCCCCAUCGAGAGUUUCCUUCCACCCAGGAGCAGGAUUCCUGGGAUCCCUGAGAACCAUCCCAGCCCAUCCAGAGGCUCUUUCCACCCAGGAGCUGUGUGGGGCAGGGUUCCUGUGACCCCUGGGAACCAUCUCAUCCCUAUCCAGAGGCUCCUUCCAUCCAGGAGCAGGAUUCCUGUGACCCCUGUGAGCCAUCCCACCCCAUCCAGAGGCUCCUUCCUUCCAAGAGCUCUUUGGGGCAGGGUUCUGGGAUCCCUGAGAACAAUCCCACCCCAUCCAGAGACUCCUUCCACACAAGAGCAGGGUUCCUGGGACCCCUUGGAACAAUUCCAGCCCCAUCAAGAGCUUCCUUCCACCCAAGAGCAGGAUUCCUGUGACCCCUGGGAACCAUCCUAGCCCAUCCAGAUGCUCUUUCCACCCUGGACCAGGAUUCCUAGGACCCCUGGGAGCCAUCCCAGCCCAUCCAGAAGCUCCUUCCACCCAGGAGCAGGGCUCCUGUGACCCCUGAGAACAAUUCCAGCCCCAUCGAGAGCUUCCUUCCACCCAAGACAAGAAUUCCUGGGAUCCCUGAGAACCAUUCCAGCCCAUCCAGGGGCUCUUUCCACCCAGAAGCAAGAUUCCUGUGACCUCUGGGAGCCAUCCCAGCCCAUCCAGAGGCUCCUUCCACCCAAGAGCUGUUUGGGGCAGGGUUCUGGGACCCCUGGGAGCCAUCCCACCCCAUCCAGAGCCUCCUUCCACCCUGGACCAGGAUUCCUGUGACCCCUGGGAGCCAUCCCAGCCCAUCCAGAGGCUCCCUCCCCACACUCCGAGCUCGCAGCCCUGUGAGGCAGCAGGAGCAGGCAAAGGAGGGGCUUGGCAGAGCCACUCUGGGGUCAGUUGACAGCAGCAGCCAGGGGCUGAGUCACCAGGGCUGUUUUUAGCCCCGGCAUGCCAGCAACGUGGAGCGGGACGUUGUUAACAGGCGCUGGGUCAGAGGCCAAAUGUUUUCCCUGCCCCGCGCUAAACACCGAGCCUGGAAAGGGCUGAGGGAUCCCACGUGGAAAAAGACAUUAACAGGGCUGGCCCCAAACAGCCAGGUAAGCCUGGCACGCCUGGAGGGGCCAGGGAAGUGGUGGAGGGAGAAGCAUCAGGCCCUGCUGCUGUGUGUGCUUUGUGUCACUGAAUUAACAUAAAAAACCCCCUUGGUGGUGCCAAGGGGUGGGAAACAGAGCCCAGCUGGGCUUGGCAGCCAUCAAGGGGUUAAUAAUACAGACACAGCCUUGCUCUGGUGUCUCUCCAUUCCAAAAAUCCUCUCUUUUACCCCCAAAAAACCCACACAGAGCCCAGGGAUGGCUGCUGAGCAUCACCCAGCUGGGCAUGGCAGGGGGAGGCUGGGAACUCCUGGUGAGUUUU